AUGCUUCAUCACGGCACCUCGCUCCGGCCAACUGGCUCCCCUCCAUGCAGGCGCUGGCUGCAGCUUCUGUUCGAGCGGGCCGCCAGCUCCUCCGCGACUUGCCUCCCGUGCGCGAGCCCCCGCCCGUGCUGGUGCAGUUCACCACGCCCGAGCUCCUCCGCCUACGCGUGCCCCCGUGGCCUCAACCGCCGGCUGCAGCCAGGCCCAUCCACCUCCUGCCUGGCGCCGACUCCGCGCGAGCGCCCCCGAUGGGCCACACCCGAGCCCUCCGCGGCCAACUGCCCUGCGCGCCGGGUCGUCGCGGCCCCUCCGCCCUGCCCCAUGGCCUCCUCCGCGCGCUGGCCUUGGUCGGCUUGCCCCGCGCCCGCGCCGCUUGGCCCUGGCGCGCCCGCCGACUCGCCAUCUCCUCGCCUACCGCCCGCGCCACUCCCGCUCUGCCUCGCGGGCCCCUGCCGGGUCAACGCGCCCACGCGUCUGCCCCGCCGGGUCGCCGCGCCCGCCGGUGGCCGACUCCGCCUCCGCCCACGGCCGCCUGCUCGCCUCGGCCGGCUCCCGAAGUCGCCGUGCCCGCCGGUGGCCGCCUCCGCCUCCGCCCACGGCCGCCUGCUCGCCUCCGCCGGCUCCCGAAGUCGCCGCGCCCGCCGGUGGCCGCCUCCGCCUCCGCCCACGGCCGCCUGCUCGCCUCCGCCGGCUUCCGAAGUCGCCGCGCCCGCCGGUGGCCGCCUCCGCCUCCGCCCAUGGCCGCCUGCUCGCCUCGCCCGGCUCCCGAAGUCGCCGCGCCCGCCUGCGGCCGCCUCCGCCUCCGCCCAUGGCCGACUGCACCGCGCCCCCGCGGCCGGCCGACUCGCCUCCCCGGAUAGCCGGCUCCGCCCGCCACCCGGCCGGCCUGCUGCCGGCCGACUCGCCUCCCCGGACAGCCGGCUCCGCCCACCACCCGGCCGGCCUGCUGCCGGCCGACUCGCCUCCCCGGACAGCCGGCUCCGCCCGCCACCCGGCCGGCCUGCUGCCGGCCGACUCGCCUACCCGGACGGCCUGCUCCGCACGCGCCCCCGCGGCCAGCCGGACUCGCCGCCCCGCGCCUCCGACCUCCGGCCCGAGCGCCCCCGCCUCCGGCUUGGUUUCGUCCGCGCCUCGGUGCCUGCCCCGCCUUGUGGCCCCGUCUGCCUGUGCGCCCCAUGCCCGGCCGCGCCAUGCCCGUCGGAGGCCGGCUGCGCCCCGCACCGGCUCGCGCCUGCGCCGGCCGUUUCCCGCCUCGGCCGUGGCCUUCGCUGGCCAGCUGCCUAG